CAACUUCUCUCUACCCUCAGAUGAUUCUCAACCGAUGAAAUGGAAGCCGAGGGCCGGACAAGGUCAGGGGCCAAUCGCAGCAGCAGUCGGCGAGGCCCGCGAUCGGAUUGGCGGAGCAGCAACCAAUCAGGAGGCACCAAUUCUUCUGCCAAUCAGUACUCCUCGAGCGACGAAGAGUGCGACGUAAGGAGCAGCGGGCGUGGCUAUCGGGCUUCACAGAGGACAGAUGUUCCCGGAGGCAGCUUUCGGCUUCACUGCCUCAUACCGCGGCCACGUGACCGUAGCAGCAACCGGUCCCGCGCCACCACGCCCCUCAGCCACACCUCAGAGCCGGAGCUGGGAGACCCGCCCUCCAUCGUCUCCCUCCACGACGCCGCCCAUAACAAUCUGUCCCACUACCGCGGCCAGUACGCCCCUCCCUCCAGCGGCCCCGGGGGAGGUACUGGCGGAGGCGGAGGCGGUGGCGGUGGAGGAGGAGGUGGUGAAGGAGGAAGAGGAGGAGGAGGAGGAGGAGGAGGAGUUGGAGGAGGAGGUGGUGGGGGAGGUGGAGGUGGAGGUGGAGGUAGUGGAAGCUCAUCAGACGCGGCCGCGGUCAUGAACCAGUUGGGGUCAGGUCACGGGCACUUCUACCAGGAGAUCCCCCAGGGCGGCCUCCACUACGCGAACCACCUGGACGAGUACGACUCCCCCGUGAUGAAAGGGGGUCGUAAGUUCCAGCAGGGGCGCCGCAUGCAGCCUGGCGGGUCGUCCCUCUCCUCGUCCGACAAUAACUCCGAUACGACCUACGCGGAGAGCGACAUCAACUCGAGCCUCAGGGCGAAGAUGGCGGCGCUUGACAAUGACGCGGCCGGGACCCCGCCAGACCCCGCCCCCCCUGAGGUGCCCAUCCGCGGCCCCUCGCACCACCACCCCCUCCUGGCGGCCAACAGGCGGGUGGGGGGCCUCUCCGCCAACAGCACCAACCCCCCCGUGGCGCCCCCCACCCCCCACUACCCGGACCACCACCCGGACGACACCUACCAGCAGCCCAAUUUCCUCUCGCAAGAGUACUUGAUGAGCGGCAGCAGUCCCCGGUACUGCAGCGGCACGGCCCCCAAGUCCCCGGCAGGAGGCGGCGGCCCCAUGCUGUACGGCACCACCCCGACGCCCGACUACCUGUCCGUCAAUAACUCCCAGCCCAGGCUGCUGGGAACGCUCGGCUCUCAGAAGGGUUCCAUCGCACCCGGCGGCGGCCCCCUGACGCUGCCCGCUGUUCGGAAUGACUUGGCGCUGGGUUCCGCCGCCUCCUUCUCCGGGCGCGGCCUCCACCUGGGCAAGACGUGGCGGGAGAGGUGCUCGUGGAAGUGCACCUCAAUCGGCCUCAUCGUCCUGUGCGCCAUCCUCACCGCCCUCGUCGCCUACUUCGCUGCCAUGGCGAGCCUGGACAGCGGCACGAAAGGCUGCAUCGUGGUGGAGGACGCGGCCAAAGUCAUCGCCAAAGGAGCGGAUUCGAACGACGCAGAGACCACGGCCCGACCCACUCAGAUUCGUCCGGAGGAUCGCCAAGCCUACUCGCCGCCCCUCACCACCACACUCGCCCGCGCCCCCAAGCCGGACACCGCUGGAAGCACCGAACUGACGCGCCUCCGGGACCUCAACCGCCGCUACGUCAACAAGAUCUCCCCGAGAGGCUACUGGAACUCGCAAUUUAACGUGAAGCAGCCCACCUUUAUGCGGUUCAACUUCACGGUGCCUCGAACGGCUCACCUGGCGAUCUACGGCCGGCGCAACGUGGCUCCCUCCAUCACCCAGUACGACUUCGUGGAGUUUAUCAAGAGCGGACGACCCGGAAGAAUCAAGCGACAGGCGGACUGGGCCACAGCGGAGUCCAGCACAUCCUCCUCCUCCUCUUCCUCCUCUUCUUCCUCCUCCUCCUCCUCCGGUGUGACCUCUUCCCCCUCGGAGUCUCAGGCGGUUGCGGACCUGUAUCGCUUCAUGGACUUCAAGGACACCCAUGUAUCUUUCUCCGGAGCCGCUGAGCCACAGGACUCGUCUGAGGAGCUGGAGGUGGAGGGCUUUGCGGCGGGCGAGGUGGAGGAGCCGCUUGCCCUGCCGCUGGUGCAUCGCGAGCGGCGCUUCAUCCACGACCGGGGCGUGAACGUGUCGCUGGUGGAGUACCUGGACACGGGCACCUGGUACUUGGCCAUCUACAACGACGGCAUCGGCGUGAACGAGGUGGAGCUGUACCUGGGCGAGGAGCCGGACUUGCAAUCAGCGUGUCCCAACGAGUGCAACAACCACGGCUCGUGUUCGCUGGGCCGCUGCGAGUGUGUGCCGGGCUGGGUGGGCGAAGACUGCUCCAAGAGUUUGUGUCCCGUCCUGUGCAGCAACCAUGGGAAGUACGGCGGCGGGCUGUGUCACUGCGAGGCGGGCUGGAAGGGCCGCGAGUGUGACAUCCCCAUGACGGACUGCGAGGUGCCGGACUGCGGGGGCCACGGCUCCUGUGUGGCGGGCUCCUGCGUGUGCGAGCCGGGCUGGAAGGGCGACCACUGCGAGAUAGUGGACUGCGUUGACCCCACCUGUCGCGGCCACGGCUGGUGCGUGGAGGGCCGCUGUGUGUGCCGCGCCGGCUGGACGGACGCCAACUGCUCCACGGUGGACCACAAGGUGUUCACGUGCCUGCCGGACUGCUCGGGGCACGGCCACUAUGACCUGCACACCUCGGCCUGCGUGUGUGAGACCUUCUGGACCGGACAGGACUGCUCGGAAGCGCGGUGCAGCCUGGAGUGUGUGCAUGGGGAGUGUGACAAGGGAGGCUGCGAGUGUGAGCCGGGCUGGACCGGGGAGAGGUGUGACCAGCGCUCGUGUGACUCCCGCUGUAACCUUCACGGCCAGUGCCACAAUGGGACGUGCGUGUGUGUGCAGGGCUGGAACGGACGACACUGCACCAUCCCCGGGUGUCAGAACGGGUGCUCCGGCCACGGCAUGUGCACCACGGUGGAGGGGCAGUACCGGUGUGAGUGCUCCGUGGGCUGGACGGGGCCGGACUGUUCGGUGCAGCUGGAGACGCAGUGCGACGACGAUAACGACAACGACGGAGAUGGCCUCGUCGACUGCUCAGACUCCGAAUGUUGCUCCAGCCAGGCCUGCAUCGACCACGUCAUGUGCAUGGUGUCGAGUGAUCCGGUCGAGGUGCUCCUUCGAAAACAGCCCCCCGCCGUCACCGCCUCCUUCUACCAACGCGUCAAGUUCAUCAUCGAAGACUCCAGCGUGCAGGGUUUCGCGCAGAAGGAUGAGUUUAGCGAAAGUCAGUUUUGGAGCUCCUACGACCCUCGGCGAGUGGCGGUCAUCCGCGGCCGGGUGGUGACGCAGCAGGGCCAGGGCAUCGUGGGCGUGCGCACCAGCGUCGACAAGGAGUCCCGCUUCGGCCUCACCGCCACCAGGAAGGAAGGAUGGUUCGAUGUGCUGGUGAACGGUGGCGGCGCUGUGACCCUACAGUUCCAGCGCACCCUGUUCGAACCCCUGACGGUGACAGUGCCCGUGCCUUGGAACCAGAUUGUGGUGUUGGAUCCCAUUGUCGUGAGGUUCAAGGACAAGGAAACCCAAGAGGAGCAACCCAGAGAAGGCGAGGACACCGUGGGGGCGUGGGGGGAGCCGUGCCUGGAACAUGACCACAGCAAGAUGGUGCCUCAGGUGGUGUCCACUUACCUGCCUCACACGGUUGGCGGCGCCCCUCACCUGCCUGUUGUGUUCACGGAGACGCAAGUUGUGCAGGAGUCGCUUCGCAUUCCCGGCAGCGGCCUUCACCUUCUCUACCACUCCAGCAGCGUCGCCGGCUACCUGUCCACCCUCCUCCUGCAGCUCACGCCCAUGGAGGUUCCCGCGGCGCUCUCCAUGGUGCACCUCAAGGUGACUCUGGAGGGCUCCGUGUUCGAGAAGGUGUUCGAGGCUGACCCCAACAUCACCUACACCUUCACCUGGAACAAGAGGAACGUGUACAAACAGAAGGUGUAUGGGGAGGCAACGGCGCUCCUGUCGGUGGGCUACGAGUACGUGACCUGCUCCAGCAUCCUGUGGGAGACGCUGACGGCCACGCUGCACGGCUUCCACAUGGACAUAUCGGACGUGGGCGGCUGGAACCUCGACAUCCAUCACAUGUACAACUUCGAGGCGGGCCUUCUGCAGCGGGGUGACGGGUCCACCAUGAGUCUCCGGGAGGCGCCGCGUCUGGUCACCCCGCUGAUGGGCACGGGCUCGCAGCGGCAGAUGGUGUGUCGCCACUGCUCGGGGCUCGCCAGCGACGCCCAGCUGCUCACGCCCACCAGCCUCGCCUCGGGGCCUGACGGGUCGGUGUAUGUCGGGGAUUUCAACCUGUUACGAAGGAUUAAGCCGGAUGGGAUGGUUUACACGCUCCUCCAGCUCAGCUCCACCCAGGUAUCCUACAGCUACCAGAUCGCCGUGUCGCCCGCCGAUGGCCAGGUGUAUGUCAGUGACCCCGAGAAGUACAAGGUUCUCCGUGUUCUCACCCUCGAGGACAUCACAGACCCCAUCACGAACUCAGAGACGGUGGCAGGCAACGGAGAGCGAUGCAUACCUGGUGACGAGCGGCACUGCGGUGACCGCGGCCCGGCCAAGAAGGCACGGCUGGCGCACCCCAAGGGCCUGGCCAUUGCUGCGGACCGCACAAUGUACAUUGCGGACGGCACCAACAUCCGCAUGGUGGACCCGCAGGGCAUCAUCCACACGCUGAUCGGCCACCACGGCCACAAGACACGCUGGCGGCCGCUGCCCUGCCGCGGCGGGCUGCCGGCCAGCCAGGUGGAGCUACAGUGGCCCACGGGGCUGGCCCUCUCGCCCCUGGACGGCUCCCUCCACAUCCUGGACGACCACGUGGUGCUACAGGUCACCGGCGACGGUUCGGUGCGCGUGCGGGCUGGCACACCCCUCCACUGCCCCUCCUCGCAGGACCUUCCGCUCAUCGGAACCAUCACCGGCCUGUCCUUCGCCCCCUCGGGCUCUCUCUUUAUGACGGAGGAGGACGCCCGCAAACGACACUCCGUCAUGGAACUCACGCCGUCGGGUCAGCUGCGUCACUUUGCGGGCGCCAAGCCGGAAUGCGGCUGUUCCGACACCGACGACUGCUCGUGUCCCGCCGACGACAAGAUCCCGCUCUCCACCACCACCGUCCUCGGCCUCGUCUCCGCCAUCACAGUCUCGCCCGACGGGGUGGUGCACGUCGCCGACCAGCGCGCGCUCAAGAUCCUCAGCUUCCGCCACCACCUGCCCGCCGACGACCAGGACGGCGACUUCAAGGUGGCGUACCCCCGCACCAACGAACUGUACGUGUUCAACCGCCACGGCCACCACAUCGAAACCCAAGACCUCGUGACGGGCCGGAAACUCUACUCCUUCCUCUACUCCAAGAACACCUCCUUCGGCAGGCUCUCCAAGGUCACGGACUCCUCGGGCAACAAGGUCGUGUUCCUGCGUGACUAUACCUCGGCCGUGAGUCAGAUUGAGAACACGAUGGGGGAGAAGUUUUCGGUGCGGAUCAGUCGUCUGGGGCUGAUGACGAGAUUUUCGGAGCGGCCUGGGCGGGUGUACGACUUCACCUACGACGAGGACACGGGACUCAUGCUGGCCUCCACGUGCCCCGGCCGUCUUACCUACGUCUACGAGUACGACAGCACGGGCCGUCUGGUGACCGUGGUGGCUCCGACGGGUACACGGGUCGGCGUGGACUCCUGGAUGGGCGGCGAGGGUGCGCACCGGAGCCUCAGCGUGGGCGUGGGUGGCAGCCAGGGCGAACACAACGCCUACACUCUCACGCUGACCGGGAACUCCAAGGCCGUGUUUAACCAGGGUGAAGUGAGCUCAGAUCUUCGCGUGUGGGCCAACGGGACGUGGCACCAGACUCUGCCAUGGGGAGGCUACGCCCGCGCCCUCGCCACGGCCUCCUCGCCCCUGCUGGAAGUGUCCCUACCCACCCAGGCCUCGCUCCUCCCCGCCGUCCAUCGCUACGAGGUCGCUAUGGCCCCGGGACCCCCCAACGCCCUCACCAUCAGCUACGGCGUGGGCGAGAGACACCGGCAGGAGAGGGUGGUGGAGACGGUGUUGCUGGUCAACGGGUCACGGGUGCUGCGGCGGGCCUGGGACGGCACAUCCCACACCGAAUCCCUGACAGACGGAUCCAGCAAGCCUCUCCUACGCCUCACCUACGACAAGAACGGCCACCCGACCUCCCUCACGCUGGGCAACUGGCUCUCAUCCCUCAACGUGACGUACGACAGGUUCGGAAGGACGGAGUCGCGGCAAUGGGACUGGUCGAGCGAGAACUACGAGUACGAUUCCCACGGCCUGCUGUCCACCGUGUCAUCCCAUACCGCUCACACCACGCGCUACACCUUCGGCGACACGAGGCUGCCCGCCACCAUGACCCUUCCCUCGGGCCGGCUGUGGCACCUACACUACGAUGAACGCGGAGGCCUGAAGUACAUCACCACGCCCACCGGCUCCGCCCACUUCUUCUCCCUCCAGCCCUCCUUCGGGUGGUUCGUCUUCUCCUACACCGCCCCCGGCUCCACCCACUCCUACAGGCAGUAUCUGGAUCAUGCGGGGCGCCUCCUACUCACUGCCUUCCCUGCUGUGUCCGCUAAGGUGCUCUAUACGUAUACGGAGGCUGGACAGCUGAAGGAGAUCGUGUCUGGUGAUGGAAAGACGGAGUUCUCUUACGGCAGCGACGGUUUGUUGUCGGAGAUCAUGCACGAGGAGGUUGAGCUCGAGUACAAGAUGGAUAUGCUGUACGACGGCCGCCUCCUGCAGGAACACCGCAUUGACUACGGCGCCAGGACGGGACUGAGCAACGUCAAGUUCACCUACGAGUAUGACUCCAACUUCCGAGUGACGAGCUUUGCGGGACGCAUCGGCGGACAGAACCUUCGCGCCUUCACGUACGCCUACAACCCCAUCACGGGAGGCCCCUCGAGCAUCGGCCGCUUCACCGUGACGCGGAAUGAGUACAGCGAGACGACCAUUCACGACGGGACGGCGAUCUUCUCACGGCAACUCAAUUCGCAUCUCCACGUGUCCCAGUCCUCCGUCACCAUCCACAACCGGGAAGUAUUCAAGCUGCAGAUCUUCUACAACCCCGACGGGAAGAUCAACCAAACCAAGACCUUCACGCCGAACUUCCACAACAAGCCGUACACCAACACGCGGAACUACACCUACGACGCCGACGGCCAGCUGAUCCGCGUGGAGGCCAAGGAGCCGUGGAGCUUCUCGUACGACACCAACGGCAACAUGCUGUCCCUCACCUACUCCACCAACACCAUCCCCAUGAAGUACGACUCACAGGACCGCAUCGUCAAGUUCGGAGAAGGCGUUUACCGGUACGACAACCGCGGCGCCAUUGUCCAAAACGCCCGCGAAGUCACAUACCACUACAACGCGCGCGGCUUGCUGGUGCGCGCCUCAAAGUCCGGCCGCUUCAACAUCCGCUACCUCUACGACCACGAGGACCGCCUGACCGCCCGCAAGGACAACUUCGGCAACGUGACGCAGUUCCUGUACACGGACCAGCGCCACCCGGAUCAAGUGACGCACAUCUACAGCCCCCGCGACGGCAACCUCAUCACGCUAGUGUACGACGAUCGCGGCCACAUCAUCUUCGCCCAGGUGUACCGCAACAAGUACUACAUCGCCACGGACGAGUGCGGGACCCCGGUGAUGGUCUUCAAUCAGUACGGCGAGGUGGUGCGAGAGAUGAUGCGCUCCCCGUACGGCCACAUCAUGUACGACUCCAACCCUUACCUCUACCUGCCCGUGGACUACUGCGGCGGCCUGCUGGAGACGCGGACGGAGCUGGUGCACAUGCCGCGAGGACGUAUUUAUGACCCGCUGAUCGGCCAGUGGUUGUCGCCGUCGUGGGAAGACAUUCUGCACAACCUCCUGAACCCUGCCAAGCUGUCCCUGUACCGCUUCAACGGGAACGACCCCAUCAACGUCCACCUCACCCACUGGAAGAACUAUGAUUACAAGGCCUGGCUGUCGCGUCUCGGCUACAACCUGGAGAGCCUCGCCCCGCAGCUGGCGUGGGCGUCCAGCACCACUCGCCCACGCCCGCCGACGCUCUGGCAGGCCUUCACGCGCACGCCCAACCUCCCCAUGCGCGCUGCGGCCUCACCAUUCUCCGAGCAGGUUAAGGGCGUAAGGUGUGUCAGCGGCCUGGUGCUUAUUCUUGAGGAGGCCGCCCGCACCGCCGCCCGCCUCUCCACCCUUACGCCCACGCUCCUCCGACACGACUUUUGGCCGCAGAACCACCAGGUGGAGAUCUCUACGGUGCCGGGGCCCUUCGGUGAGGGUCUGCUGGUGUCCUCGGUGGGUGGGCGCGCCAUGGUGACGCCCACGGACCACGCCAACGCCAUCUUCCGGGACGUCCUCACCUCCGUCUUCAACAACUCGCUGCUCCUGGACAUCACCCUCACCUACCACAACACUCACGUCUUCUACUUCGUCAAGGAGAACUACUGGAAGGCCUCUGAGGACAUGACGCAGCUGAACCGUCUCGCUGGAGAGGUCAACAUCACCGUGCACGAGCCGUCCACCUCGCAGCCCCUCACGCCCAGCGACGAGGGCAGCGACAAGUUCGUGGACGUCAAGCUCCACAGCGCCUCGGCCGUCAUCCACAUCCGCUACGGCACGACCAUCCAGCAGGAGAAGAAGCGGCUCUUGAGACACGCAAAGAAGCUGGCCAUACGACGCGCCUGGGCAGAGGAGAGAGAUCGACUGUCCGCUGGGUUGCCGGGGACGGUCGAGUGGUCCUCCAGCGAAACCGAGGAGCUGUUAUCUCGCGGCUCCGUCAGCAGCUACACGGCGCGCUACCUUCACCCGCCCGAGACCUACCCGGCGCUGCUCGAUGACCCCACGAACGUCCGCUUCUUCAAGGACACCAAGAGGACCAGACGGAACUCCAAGACGCGCCGAAGGUCACAUCGAUGCCGCAAGUGGUGGAGGGGCCUCUGCUAGCUCCCACCCACCCCCCUCUCCCCCCUCUCUCCCUUCCGCCCCCGACCAUUCUCCCCCCGCCGUGUCUCUCCGGUUCCUCCCUUCUCGCGGCCAAAGAGGUGGUGGAUGGAAGACGAUACACACGUACACACACACUACAGGGGAGAGAAGAACGUACACUUCUCGACUUGAACAUUUCGUCCGGUUGACUUUCCUCCCGUGUGAGAGAGACGGAGGAGGAGAAAGGGGAAGGGAGGGAGGAGCGGCAGCCUCGCCCUCACUUGUUGCCACUCUCCCCGCGCCCGACGUGUCCUGGGGCGAGGCGGCGACGGCGGCGGCGGCACGUGACCUGACUUGACACGGCCGCCACCCCCCCGCCAGCGUCCGCGGCAGUGGCUGAGUGAUGGGGCCGAGGAGGCGCCGCCACCCCCAUCAACACCUUCGAAAACACAAGAUUUACCUUUUUUUUUUUUUUUCAUCAUCAUAUCCACUUCAAAACCAUAAAUAUUACCGUAUGUUAAACUUCCACGCAAACAAAGUAAUAGUCUUACGUGUGUCUCAGCAACUCGCGGAGACUCGACAAAGAAGAGAAGACGCUGCUCUCCCCCGCAUCGUCUGUUGAGUGCUUGAUGGAAGUGUCCCCGAGAGGACGAGUGAAAUAGCGAGACAGUGAAGGGACGGCAGGCUCAGGAGGAACGUUUGUCGCGGCCAGAGUGUUGGUGGCGGCGAGGCGGCGAGCAGCACGUCGGGGCGCGGGGCCUGUCAGACAGACUCUUGAUGGGGCUCAUACAAGGGCGCCGCCGUGGCACCCUCCUCCCGGUGAUGGCAGACGAGACACGAUAUCUGAAGAUGAAAAGAAACAAAUGUAGGUUUCAAUUGACAUUGAAAGUACGCGUGUAGCUGCCGACUGUGUGUGUGCUUGCGUUGCUUGCCCCGCCCCGCCCCGCCCCGCCACGACGCUCCACUGGCAUGACGCGUCACUGGUGCACCACACGAGCCUCAUUCCCUCAUCACACACACCAUGGUUAUCCAGGAGCUUUCCCCGCCACCACCACCACACCACCACCCCACCGUAGAAGCUGCAAACGUAUAUGUCUGUUUCCUGCAUAUGUAUGUUGACAUGUCCACACAUGUUGACGUGGAGCUGUUCGGCAGACCCCGAGGAACACCGUCAUCAGUGUCCGCACCUCAGUCAGCUUCACUUCAUGUAUUUUUGAUAUGACAUCCACGCCACCGGCCAGGCAGUGUCUCGGACGCCCAUCCCCCCCCACCCCACCCCCAGCGUCCCCCAACCCCCAACAGCUCCGGCACCCACAAGCAGUUUUUGUGGUGUUAUAAGGAAUGUUUUAUUUUUCACUUUCAUCAAAUGUUCAACCAAAGAUAUUAUUGUACUUUAUUUUAUUAUGUAUAUGUAUGCGUGUAUGUGUGUCUCGGUGUGUCGCGAUGUUUUUAGUCACUCGGAACUUCCUCGAUGACUCGCGCGGCCGCCGCCACGACGGCCGCGGGGAGGCACAUUCCACCCCAUUCCCUCACCCGGCGCCCGCAGCGUGGGCGCAGGCGCGGCCACGGGCCGGAGGCACUGCCGUGGUCCUGCCCCGCCAGGGGCGCGGGUCAGGCCGGCGGGGCCAGGGCGGGGCUGCACUGCCCGGCCCGGGCCCUGCCAGGUAUGUCCCGCGGGAACACGUUCACUUCAAUCCUGAAGGGAAAUUAAUACGAAUUGUCGAAUUGUGAAUAUUUUAUGAAGAAUUAGCGAAUGAUGGAUUUCCUUUCCACAGUAAGGCUUCGUCUUGGUUCAGGUGGCGGCGGCACACUGAGGCGUCGCCGCCGCCGCGCGCCACCCUUCUGUUACGUUCGGGAACCGUUCAUUUGAGAGGGGCGGCCAGCCCCGGUGAGGAAGGCACAAGGUGCUAUUAAGUUUACGCAUUUUUAUAUCUUCAGAAACUCACUAUGUAAAUAAUAGUGUGUAAAAUUAUCUCUGAACCUUUACACCUCCGACUCUUCCCUCCCUCCGUCUCUUCCCUCCGCUGCUCCUCCACCUCAUGAGUUAGUCCAUUCAGCCGCCGUUUUCUACGUUCCCCGCGUCCCAGCGUAGCCAGUCACGCCUGACCAGACUUUUGACGUAGCGAAUAACUCUAUUAAGGACGCUGCUCCGAACACAUGACCCGCAGCGGACGGCGCCGCGCCACCAGUCAGUCAGUCAGUCAUCAGUCGGUCAGUCAGUCAGUCGACCUAGCGUUAAGGCAACACGACCAUCACCCAACCGUGGUUCACUCAGUGGUAGAAAAUCAACACACACACACACACACACACACACACACACACACACACACACACACACACACACACACCAGAUCUUGCCUGUAGGAUCAUUUCAGUGUCGAGCUAGUCAGUGUGUAAUGUAGGAAACCAAACUUCAGUACACUAUGAAUAACUAUACUAAAUAUUCCAUACGUACGUCGCUGUUCAUUCAUUACUCAAACAGGUGAAUGGAACGGAAAUGAGCUGCACCUUAAGUCGUUCCCUUCACACCUGAGGGCGAAGACUCCACGUUAUCUUGUAGAAGAGAUGAAAAAAGUAAGACCACACGCUUGCCUUCCGCGGGGUUCCAUGGCGCCCCUGAGAAGGCUGUGGUCUGGGCCUGUUCUCGCCCUUUGCCUUGCUUCCUUCCCUCCUUCUUCUCCUCCUUCCCUCUCCUCCUCGACUCCCCUUAUCCGCCACAGUAUAUUUUACCCCCACGUUAAUCCAACACCAUAACCACAAGUACUAUUAACACUACUACAACUUUUCCACAUCUACUACUGCUACUACUACUGCUACUUCCAAUACUACUACUACUACUAUUGCUGCUGUUGCAAACCACUACUACUCUACUACUAUUAUUACUCACAUUUUAUGAGUGCUGUACAUUGUUCAUCUCUACUCAUUCCUGCCUUCGCUAGCCACCCUCACAAUACUCGUCUGGUUCAUAAGUCCAUUCUCAUUGGCUGGAGGACAUGUUAACCGGCCGCCCAUUGGCUAACGCAUUGACCAGUAGGAAGGGUGGAUGUCCCGCGAGCGUCUCAGAGCAGGACCGAGUAUGGAUGUUUGUAAUAUACUCCAAGAAAUUUUUAUUUUCCAAGUAAACUUAGAAAAAAAAAUGCGUUUGUAUGGGAUUUUUGCCAAAGACUUGCUGCUUAUAUCUGUAAUGUACACAGAUUCAUAUUUAUAUUUCUUGCAAAAACGAGAAAGAUGAGAAAAAGAGUAGUAGACAUUAAGCUUUUUUUUUCCUCCACGUUUACUUUAAUGUUGUACUAUAUGUGAUUUCUGUACAUACGUCUGAUAAUGAAGAAGCAGAAGCAGAACAACCAGCUAUACAUUACGGUUCUCACAAGGAUGUAUAUACUUAGCGUGUCCCCCUCCCCCCUUAACCCCCCCUCCUCCUCCCGUGUAUAUAUUAUCGAUAGUUCAGGAAUGGUCGCAGAGAAGAACUAGACUCAUAAGGACCUGGCUGAGUUUUGCAUCCUCGCCGCCACCCGCCGAGUUGAUUCCUUCAGUCAGUCAGUAAGUCAGUCAAUUGAGCCUCGUUUUCUUGGUCCUUUUUUUAUUUACUCCCUCCUGUUGUUCUGUUUCCUGGCGUUGAUGUGGGGAUUUCCUGUCUUUUGCUACUGUUUUUUUCGUAUUUGAUUAUUCUUUUUUUUUUCAAUUUUGUUUUCCUGUUCUCUCUUUUUUUUUCUUCUCUUUUCUUGCUGCUGAAAACUACAUAUCGUCUUCGUUUAUCCACUUUUUUCCUCUAUCCUUUUUUUCCUCUUUCGCUUGUCGGUUGCUGAGGUCUGAGAACCGUCCCCCGAGGCAUGUUAACUGUGCUCCAUCCUGCUUUAUUAUUUUUUUUGUGCUCUAGAUUUUUAUUGUAACUUCUUUUUUAUUUUCCGGUUUUAUCUAAUCUCCCGCCUACGCUUUGCUGUGUUAUACUCCGCCUAAUUUUUCUCUUCUUUGCUUUCUUGUACUUCAUAUUGAUUUACUUAACUUUUUCCUUCUCUAUCUAAUACUCCUUCGAAACUUGUCUCUUAUUCUCUUUGCUUAACUCAUGCAGCUGUGUUUUUUUUCCCUUGAUUUGCAAGUGAAUGUGAUAUUUAUUUUAUUGGUACUUUAGACAUUAUAUGUUUUUUAUUUAAUUUAUUCAAAGUUGUGUCUAUCACACUAAGAAUAUACAAACAAUACAGAUUUUGUUUGUUUUUCUUUUUAUUUCUUAUUUGCACAACGAUAACAUUUGAUUUUUCGGAAUAUUAAACGAAGAAGUGUUUCGAGUUGAGGCACCAACUCGUCACAAUUUUCAAACAAUUUAAGUUUUUGUUUGAUUGUCUUUUUAUUAAUUAGUGUGAUUUUUUUGUGUGUUUAGUAUCAUGAUAACUUAAUUUCAUGUAAUAUAAAAAGGUGCUUCAAAACACCAAUUUAUCACAAUCAGAAUAUUUAAAUUAUAUUACUUUUUUUUCUCAAUUUAUUUAACCAACUUAAAUUUUGCUUUAUUUGCAUCAAUAACCUUUUAUUUCAUGUGUUUCUAAAAAAAUAAGUGUUUCAAGUAGACACAAAGUCAACACACAAAACUGAAUUUACUGUUUUAUUGCGUAACAAUUUGUUUGUAUUUUUAUUUUACUUGCCUGGCCAACUUUUCUCUUAAUUCUAGUUAGUUAUUUUGGCUCACCUCUCCGUGCUUUCUUUAUGCUUUGCCUCAAUCGCGCCCUACACACACACACACACACACACACACACACACACACACACACACACACACACACACACACACACACACACACACACACACACACACACACACACAACACUCCCACAACACAACACAUCAACACAAACUAACCACAACACAAAAGAACACUCUACAACACAUCACUUCCCCUCCUGCUUCUCCUCCUGCUCCUUUUAUUAGCUUCUUAUUUCCCGGUAUCCACACAUCAAAUAAUCCAUUACUAUAAAUAUAUAUCAAUAUGAAUAAAUCAUUGCCUCUUUCCUCUGCUUGGAUAAUAUGUGUUGGGCGCGAGGAGGCGCGUCCCGCCGGCCCACCAUGAGGCCGCGCAGGACCCCGCCCUCCUCGCACUGACUCCCAGAUUUGUAUGAUCGAUGGUCUUGGCUGUUUAUAAAUGAAAGUGUUUCUAUCAAAUAAAAAUGAAUUAUUUUGUAA